GCAACAGAGGGCGUAGGCUGGUUGUUCUCAUCAACCCCAAUUUGGCUUUUCACCACGAUUAGGUUCAGCAUUGCUGACACACCACCUCGCUGCUGUCGUUAUUAGCCCCCAAGACAUGCAGGAGUCUUUGGUACGGUAUGCUGGGACGGUGAAUGAUGAUAAUGUAAGAAAUGGUGUUUCCUUGCACAGAUGGAUUUGGUUCCGGCUGUCGGCUUGGAACGAACUGAGCAAGGUCUCUCAGCAGUUCACCAAAAAACUUCCGACAUCAAUAAGGCUAUGUGCAUUAGGCCUUUGUCUUUGUACAACUGUGACGGUGACGGGGGACGGUAGUGCUGAAACUAGUAGAGCCAUUCCCUCACCGUUGAACGAGACCAAUGGGCCGGGCUUGCUGGGCUCGCUGGACUGGCCGGCUUCGGGUGCUGCGAUGCUGCGAAGACGAUUUGCCGUGAUGCACCUCAUCUCCGAUCAACUGCAGCUGUUUUUCCAAGCUCCCAAUGAAAAUACGGCGCAGCUGUGCGGGGGCGUGGACCACAUGAGGGGAACUCCUCAACCUCUGCUAACGUUCAACAGCAGCCUUCUCCGUAAUUGCAAACGCCGUGGCCCAACGACGAUGGGGGAGAUGACCACAAACCAAGAUGAUGAGACGGAAUGCGGACGAGAUUUCUUGUCAAGGUAGUAGAUGACGGGGGAAAGGCUCCCCUAACUGUAUCAUAAAGACAGAAAGAAAUGGUGGUAGCGGGCCGGGUUUCGUUGUCAGUUGAUCGUGCCGUCCGGUGUAUUGUUGGCGCUAGCCAUAAGCACAAAACACCCGAGACUAUGGUUGCGGUAUAAAUGUGAAGCCAACCGAGAGGCCACAGAGAAAUAAGGUCUGAUACUAAGGGGCGAGGCAACCCGGUGGGCUGGGCCGGCUGUCAAUGAAC